CGCGGGGUGGGCGGGGCUGCGGGUUUCUUGUCGGGCUGCGGACGGGCAGCGCUGCAUAGUGUGAGCGAGCGGCGAAUCUGAAGAUGCGGGAGAUUGUGCACAUUCAGACCGGCCAGUGCGGAAACCAGAUCGGUGCCAAGUUCUGGGAGGUGAUCAGUGAUGAACACGGCAUCGAUCCCACCGGCUCCUACCAGGGAGAUGGCGACCUACAACUGGAGAGAAUCAAUGUCUACUAUAAUGAGGCGGCAGUUAGCAAGUACGUACCCCGAGCCAUUCUGGUGGAUUUGGAGCCUGGCACAAUGGAUUCUGUCAGAUCUGGGCCUUUUGGGCAGAUUUUCAGACCUGAUAAUUUUGUAUUCGGCCAGAGUGGUGCAGGCAACAACUGGGCCAAAGGGCAUUACACAGAAGGAGCUGAGCUGGUGGACUCAGUGCUGGACGUGGUCAGGAAAGAAGCCGAGAGUUGCGACUGUCUCCAGGGCUUCCAGCUCACCCAUUCGCUGGGCGGGGGUACCGGUUCUGGCAUGGGCACACUGCUAAUCAGCAAGAUCCGGGAGGAGUACCCCGACCGCAUCAUGAACACCUUUAGCGUCAUGCCUUCCCCAAAGGUGUCGGACACAGUGGUGGAGCCCUAUAAUGCCACUCUCUCUGUCCACCAGCUGGUGGAAAACACUGAUGAAACCUACUCCAUCGACAAUGAAGCCUUGUACGACAUCUGUUUCCGCACACUGAAGCUCACCACUCCCACGUACGGGGACCUCAACCACCUGGUCUCGGCCACCAUGAGUGGUGUGACCACCUGCCUGCGCUUCCCAGGGCAGCUGAACACUGACCUGCGCAAGUUGGCCGUCAACAUGGUGCCCUUCCCCCGCCUCCACUUCUUCAUGCCGGGCUUCGCGCCGCUCACUAGCCGUGGAAGCCAGCAGUACCGAGCUCUCAGCGUGCCCGAGUUGACCCAACAAAUGUUCGACGCCAAGAACAUGAUGGCGGCCUGCGACCCCCGCCACGGCCGCUACCUGACCGUGGCCGCUAUCUUCCGGGGGAGGAUGUCCAUGAAGGAGGUGGACGAGCAGAUGCUCAACAUCCAGAAUAAGAACAGCAGCUACUUCGUGGAGUGGAUCCCCAACAACGUGAAGACAGCUGUGUGCGACAUCCCACCACGCGGCCUCAAGAUGUCCGCCACCUUCAUUGGCAACUCCACCGCCAUCCAGGAGCUCUUCAAGCGCAUCUCCGAGCAGUUCACCGCCAUGUUCCGUCGAAAAGCUUUCCUACACUGGUACACGGGCGAGGGCAUGGAUGAGAUGGAGUUCACGGAGGCCGAGAGCAACAUGAAUGACCUCGUGUCCGAGUACCAGCAGUACCAGGACGCCACGGCUGAUGAACAAGGCGAGUUCGAGGAGGAAGAAGGGGAUGAGGAUGCUUGAAGGUUUGGUGCCUCCACUCCCCUCCCCUCCCCUCCCCUAACUGUGGAAGCUGGCAGUGUUGUUUUGUUCACCUUUCAAUCUCUUGACACAAUGUGGAUUUAGUUGUAAAUCUUGUGGAUGUCUAACAUUAGAAAUCUGGUAGGAGAGAUUGUGUGGAAACCGUGUUGACAAUUGUGACACGUUCUAGGGCAGAAAAUGUUUUCCAUUGGGAUAAUCACUGAUAAGAUUUUAAAAUGUGUCAAAUAAAGUUGUUCU